AAAAAUGGAGCGUAGUUCUCCUGUUUGCCUGAAGUUCAUCUCCUUAUUCUUGACGUGCCGUUUUUUAGACGAAAGAAGAACAAGCUAAGCUAUCGCGCCCCAGUGCGGAGCUACUGGAAUUGCGUUAUUGCGGAACGGUACGUUCCGGAGCGCCGGGCGGAAGUGGUUCUUCUUCCUUUGGUGUUGAAGCGAGAGAAAUAAUGGCUGCCCCGGGGUAUCUCACACUUUUCACUUCAGCCUUAAUAUUUGUGACUAGCAUACAGGCUCUGACUCCAAGCCAUUAUCUCACAAAACACGAUGUUCAGAGGCUACGAGCUUCCUUGGAGCGUCCAUUCACUGAUUUGGAAGGAAGCUAUUAUUCCAUUGUAGGACUGAACAAAUUGGGAGGGCAAGUAACUGAUGAAAAGGCUGCCUGUAACUUUAUCAAAUCGAAGGUAGAUCCCAACAGUGUUGAUUCCCUCUUUUACGCUGCACAGGCCAGCCAGGCAUUAUCUGGAUGUGAAAUUGCCAUUUCAAAUGAGACCAGAGAGCUGCUACUUGCAGCAGUCAGUGAAGAUUCCUCAGUCACCCAGAUCUACCAUGCUGUUGGAGCGUUGAGUGGCUUUGGACUCCCUCUUGCUUCCCAAGAAGCACUGACUGCCCUCACAUCUCGUCUUAGCAAGGAGGAGAAUGUUUUGGCAACAGUUCAGGCUUUGCAGACAGCAGCAUACUUAUCCCAGCAGGCAGACUUAAGAGGCAUUGUGGAGGAGAUCGAGGAUCUUGUUGCCCGGCUGGAUGAUAUAGGUGGAGUGUAUCUUCAAUUUGAAGAAGGACUUGAAACAACUGCAUUGUUUGUGGCUGCCACAUACAGACUCUCUGAUCAUGUAGGAACAGAGCCAGCAAUGAAAGAGGAUCAGAUCAUCCAGCUAGUGAAUGCGAUUUUUAGCAAGAAAAACUUUGAGACUCUUUCUGAAGCGUUCAGUGUGGCUUGCGCUGCAGCUUCCCUUUCCCAGAAUAAUUAUCAUUUGCCAGUUGUUGCAGUGCCGGAGGGGCCUGCUGCUGUCUCUCACCAUCAGCCCAUAUUCAGGCUCCACGUGACCAAUGUUAUGUCACAGCCUCUGACUCAGGCAAGUGUGAAUUUGGACCAUGUGAAAUCUGUUGCUACCAAAGCAACUAUUCUUCAGCAGUCUGCCUUUGCCCUGUCUGGAGAUGUCUUUGAGCUGAAUUUCAUGAGAGUCAAGCCUGCCAGUGGGUAUUAUGAUUUUGCGAUCAGCAUUGAGGGGCACAGUCAAUUUAUUGCUAACAAGGUUGAGUUGAAAGUCAAAGUCUCAACAGAAGUUGGCAUUACAAAUGUGGAUCUCUUUACUGUGGAUAAAGAUCAGAGCAUUGCACCAAAAACAACCAGAGUUACUUACCCAGCCAAAGCCAAAGGAUCCUUCACUGCUGACAGCCAUCAGAAUUUUGCCUUGUCCUUCCAGCUGAUUGAUGUGAACACUGGAGCAGAACUCAUUCCUCAUCAGACAUUCGUACGGCUUCAUAAUCAGAAGACUGGGCAGGAGGUGGUGUUUGUUGCAGAACCAGACAGCAAAAACAUUUACAAAUUUGAACUAGACACUUCUGAGAGAAAGACAGAGUUCGAUUCCGCAUCUGGGACCUAUACCCUAUACUUGAUCAUUGGUGAUGCUACUUUGGAAAACCCAAUCCUCUGGAACGUGGCUGAUGUUGUUAUCAAAUUCCCAGAAGAAGAUGUUCCAUCCACAGUCCAGUCAAAGAGCCUUUUCACUCCCAAGCCAGAGAUUCAGCACCUGUUCAGGGAACCUGAGAAAAGGCCUCCUACUAUGGUAUCUAACACGUUCACAGCCUUGAUCCUCUCCCCACUUCUUUUGCUCUUUAUUCUGUGGAUAAAAAUUGGAGCCAACAUUUCCAACUUCAGCUUUGCCCCGAGUACCAUUAUCUUUCACCUCGGCCAUGCAACUAUGCUGGGGCUCAUGUAUGUCUACUGGACUCAACUCAACAUGUUUCAGACCUUGAAGUACCUCGCUAUUCUUGGCAGUAUUACUUUCCUAGCAGGCAACAGAAUGUUGGCUCAGAAAGCAGUAAAAAGGAUCGCUGCAGAACAGAGCAGUAGGUUGGCAAAGUAUAGAACACUGCGGUAAAAGGGGGUUGUACUAGUGACCAGCUCUUCCUAGAAAACACACUAAAGAAAGAAGAACUAAAAGAACCAAUUUGAGCCACAACGGAAAGGAGCCAAAGAAGUGUUUAAAAGCCAGAAACUGAAAUAUGGAAAAUAAAUUACCUAUAAAAUUGAAAAGAUUGCUUUAAAAGGUUUUCCUACAUUUCAUGUUUAGUUGAAUGUCUUAAGUGCUUUGAGUUAUGACAAACAUUGUGUGUACCAUGAAGGAUUUUAGAAUCUGAUGGGCUCCUGAAUUGUCAUUUUGACCUUUUUUUUUUUUUUACUGUCUCCUUUAUGAAAUAAAGAGACAAAACAGUCAA